GAUUCCCGCACUUUCUCUUUUUUUCCUUCUCUAACGUUUUCCACUUUUGUUAUAUAAGACCUAUAUCUUAAUGCCGAUCUAUUCGGCGUAGGCCCCUUACACUUGGAAAACGUUCAUCGUCUCCUCAUUAGGAACGAUUACCCAUCGAAAAAGAUAUCCGAACGCGUAACGACGUGUAAUAGUAAAGAAACGAACGACCAGCUAAGCGGACACCGAGUCCCUGCUAGAUAGAUAGAAGCUUGCUCGCCAGUCGCCCUGGCCCCACAACAAGAUCUCACAAGAGAACGUCAGCGAAAGACCCGAGAGUCCUGACACCUUAGAUGUAUGAGAUAUUCAUACGAUUACACUUCCGAUUCCGAAGAACCCUCAAACGCAGAUACCACACAUCCGACGAAUGAUACAGCUAUGUCUACUGAUAAUAUGGGUGAACCCUCGAACGCGAGCAUAGACACAGUGCCGCAGUGGCUCCGAGCAAUGUUGGAAUUACAACAGCAACAGAUAGCUGAUAUCCACGCAAACCAACAACGCCAAUACGAGGAAAUCCAACGAUUAACUCGACAAGGAACCCCUGCACAGACAAUUCCAACACCGACAGAAUUGAAUAUGAACACAAUGCAAGCGCCGAAGGAACGCUUAGGUGCUCCCACAUAUUUCGAUGCUUCUGACCUCACUCUCUACCCAUCAUGGAGGUUGGAAAUGCUCGCGAAACUAAGUGUAGAUGGAGAUGCCAUCGGUUCGUUAACUAAUCAAGGUUGGUAUAUCAAUGGUCGAUUGAAAGAUCGCGCGAAACAGAAGUUCCAUCCAUGGAUGGAGGCAUGUGAACCAGCGUUACGUACGCCUGACAACAUCAUCAAACAUCUUGAUGUCCUCUUCCGAGACACUGCUAUGCAACAGAAGGCAUUAGAUUGGUUACAGAGUGUCCGACAGAGGAAUACUCCUCUCACAACAUUCAUCUCUGACUUCAACACCAAGAUUCUAGAAGCAGGCGGCCAAUCUUGGGAGGAUCGAAUGAAGAUUAGCAUGCUCAAGAAGGCACUGACUUUUGAACUGUUACAAGCCCUCAUAAGUGUUGACAAAGCCCCGACUUAUGAAGGCUUCUGCAUACAACUCCGAACAUUGGAUGACCGUCCAACCUGGACCCCAGGCUCCGCGCUAUCCGAUACAGCAGCUCUUGACUGAUGGGAACUGCACUCGCUUCCAGAAAGGAAGGGCUAAUGUGGCGGGCUGCGCCCGAUCAUAUAGACUAUUCCAUUACACUCCAUAGAUUCCUCGGCCCGAAAGCUCCGAUUCUCGGUCGCCGAUCCUCGGCUGAGGAACCCACGAGUUCCUAUUCUCCCGCUCCGAAGCUCCACCUCGUACGCGUAUAAAUAUCCGCUCCGAUCGCCGAUUCCCGUACUUUCUCUUUUUUUCCUUCUCUAACGUUUUCCACUUUUGUUAUAUAAGACCUAUAUCUUAAUGCCGAUCUAUUCGGCGUAGGCCCCUUACAAAAUAGAUGAAAAUAAUUUAUACUAUACAUUGACUUAUAUUAUCUUUCUCUAAAAUCUUUUCAACUUCAUCUAUACUUGAAAGAGAUAAGAGACAGAGACAGGCAUUGAUGUGAUAUGAAAUAGAAAAAUAGUAAAAGUGAGAGAGAAGCAGUGAUGAUGAUCUUAAGAGAUAAGUAAUUAAAAUCAAAACAGACACUUUCAAUAGUUUCUGUUUGUCUGUGAAGAAUCACUGAUGAGUAUGCAAAAAUAAAAUGAACUCAAAUAAAAAUAGUUGAAUAUAUAUUUAUAGAUGAGUGUCAAAAAAAUUACAAGGCAAGUUUAUAUUUUCAGCCCUCAACGUGCUUCAUUUCCACUUGCGGUUCAAAGGGUAAUAACAGUGAAGGCAGA